AUGGCACUUUUAGAAGAAAAUAAAUGGGAUGAAAAAUUACCAGAUCUGCCUGCACAUCAAAAGUAUAAAGAAUUGGAUAAACCUAAUAUUUUGAACGAUGGAAUUACUUACUGCAAUACCAUGGAAAACAGUGAUGAUUGGGAUAAAUCAUUUUGUAAUAAAGUAUCAAAACAUUUAAAAGAAUUAUCUAGUGAAAAGGGGAGUAAUCUCAAAGAAAAAUGCUAUUACUUCAGACACUGGUUUCAUCAUCAUAUAAGAAAAAAGUACUAUAAUGGGAAUGACGUAAAAAAUAAAUCUAUUAGUGGUAAACUCUUUGAUUUAGUAGCAUUGCUGAUUAAAGAUUAUCCUAGUUUGGAACCAUGUGGAUGUUAUGAGUCAGGUACACCAGAAAUGUGGAAGGAGGAGAAAGAUGUGCAUGAUUAUUUCAAGAAUUUUGAGUAUAUUAAAAGUAACAAAUGCGAUAAAAAGAGUUGUGAAACAUAUUUGAAUUAUAUAAAUUAUAUUAAUACGAUUUAUAGAAGUAUUUAUGAUAAGGAUUAUGGUUGCUGCUAUUAUGAUACUAUGGAAACCUAUUGUGAACCAUACUUUAGUUGUGAUGAACAGUAUGAUCCGAAUAAUAUUUUACUCGUUUUAAAGUCUACACACGAAAAAUUAAAAACAGAGGAAGGUAAAGUAUUAACUCCUAUUAAAAUUCCAAAAACUGAAGCACCUUUAGUUACUGAUCAUAAGGUUAUCACACCGCCUCAGCAUAAAGAAAUUGCACAGGAUGUUUCAAUUAUGCCAUCUAAUUUAUCAGAUGAAACUAUUGAUGUUUCCUCUAAUGUUAUAUUGAGCGCCUAUAAUACAACAAAUCAAAAUUAUUUACAUAAUUUUAUUGUCGUUAUUUCAAUAUUAGGAGCAAUUACAUUCUUAUAUUAUUACCAUAGUUCUACUUCUCAAGGAUCAACUGUACAUAAAAUGAGAAUAAAGAAAAAGGAAUUACCUAAAGGGCAAAAUGAGAUAUUGAAAGAUGAAUCUCCAUCACAUGAAUCAGUAUACCAACUCUUAGAUUACUACAUAGGGAAGUCAUAUUUGGUAUAUCAUCCUACAGAAAAUUAUUCUUAUAGUUACGGUUUAAUACGAAAUGGCCUAGGUGAAAUAUAUGAAGAUAAAUAUUAUUACAUUUAA